AUGUUUUUGACAAGGUCUGAGUACGAUCGCGGUGUAAACACUUUCUCACCUGAAGGACGGUUAUUUCAGGUCGAAUAUGCCAUUGAGGCCAUAAAGUUGGGUUCCACCGCGGUGGGCAUUCAAACUUCUCAGGGUAUCAUCCUAGCCGUCGAAAAACGCAUCACUUCUCCAUUAUUGGUAGCAAGUAGCAUUGAAAAGAUUAUCGAGAUUGAUUCACAUUUAGGGUGUGCUAUGAGUGGGUUGACCGCCGAUGCCCGAACAAUGAUCGAUCACGCCAGAGUCGCAGCGCAAAGUCGACCUUUUGGUGUAGCCUUGUUGAUUGGCGGUGUCGAUGAGAAGGGACCUCAGUUAUAUCACGCAGAUCCAUCUGGAACUUUCAUGCAAUAUGACGCGAAAGCAAUCGGGUCCGGAUCUGAAGGUGCACAGACUGAGCUACAAGAAGAAUACCACAAAUCUCUUACUCUGGUGGAAGCUGAAACUUUGUCAUUAAAAGUUUUGAAACAGGUAAUGGAAGAAAAACUGAACAAAACCAAUAUUGAAUUGGCAUCUAUCACAUCAGAACAUGGAUUUAGAAUUUAUAGUGAGGAUGAAUUACAAGCUGUGAUAGAUAGAUUAUAA